AUGGACGGGGUACUUGGCUCCAGCAUGCUUCGUCGUGGAGGAACCGCCCGCCGGUUUGAUGAAUAUUAUCGAUGCUACCCUGUUGCGAUGAUGCCGGGUCCAGAGAGAGAAAAUGUCAACCACGGCGGCAAGGUCAUCAUGCCGCCUAGCGCUUUGGACAAGCUGACGCGUCUGCAUAUCACAUAUCCCAUGUUGUUUGAGCUUCAGAAUGGCGCUAGGGAAAGAAUGACCCAUGCAGGUGUCUUGGAGUUCAUUGCGGAGGAGGGGAAGAUAUACCUGCCAUUCUGGUUGAUGCAAACACUUCUGCUGGAGCCUGGCGAUCUAGUUCAGGUCAAAUCCACCGAUCUACCACCGGGCCAGUUCAUCAAGCUGCAGGCUCAGUCAACCAGUUUCCUCGACAUCAGUGACCCCAAGGCCGUGUUGGAGAAUGCCUUCCGAAAUUUCUCUUGCCUGACCAAGGGGGAUGUCUUCACAUUCGCCUACAACGACCAGGUCUACGAGAUGGCAGUUUUAGAAACAAAGCCAUCUGGCCAGAGCAACGCUAUUUCAGUUCUCGAGACCGACCUUGAAGUCGACUUUGCGCCUCCGGUGGGCUACGAGGAGCCGCAACGUCCCAGUGGAACCAGUACGCCUCGCAGCGGAGUGAGCGGCAAGUUGCCGUCCGGUGGCCUACUGCACCCCCAUGGCACCAUGGCACAGUCGAUCAACUAUGCUGCUAUCGCACCCGAGUCAACCGAUGCCGCUGCCGGGGCCAGGGCUGUGUCGUCAAACUUCCUUGUCGGUGGACAGCGUUUGAACGCUAAAAAAGGCAGCAAAACCCCUACACCCAAACCAUCCACUCCCACACCUGGUGCCACCAACCCUCAGCAUCCUCCUCCGGUCAGGAGAACAAACGGGCCGCAGCCUCUUCGACUGCCUCCGAAUCAGCUGUUCUUUGGAUACGCAAUCAAGCCCGUGAAGAAGCGCGAUGAGACCGGGCAGGCCGUUGAGGGAGACAAGCCCCGAUUCCAGGGAUCAGGGCAAACGUUGAGAGGCAAGAAGAAGGACGCCAGUGGCUCUGCUACGCCGAUAUAG